GCCGCCCGGGCCAUCCUCUCCGACCGCCAGCAGCCUCCCGUCCCCCUCUCCCUGCCCCCGCCGCCGCCGCCUCCUGGCCCCCUCCCUUCUCUUCUUCCUCUUUUUUCCCUCCCCCUCCUUUCCGCCCCCCUCCCGCCUAUUGCGCCCCUGGACACCUCUGCACGGCUUCCCACCGCAAGGGAAUCGCAACCAUGUUUCGCGCGGGCAUUGUCCGACUCAGCCAGCAGUACCACAGCACUCUGCCCAUCCGUGGCCUGGCUACUCUCUCCGGCAGCGCCAGUGGCGGCAGCAGCAACACCGGCCGCCGCAUGACCGACGAGGAGUUCCAGUCCCUCACUCCGGCCAUGUACAACACCUUCGCGCCCUACUACCACAACAAUCGCCCUCUGCCCAACCACCUGCUGUCCCUGCUGGAGAGCAGCACCAAUGUGUCGGAGCGUGCCUCGCCCGAGGAGCUGAGCUCCGUGGCCGCGGCCAUGUUCCAGCGGCUGAACCUCUCGGAUGACGCGCAGCAGCAGCGCACCGGGAGCUUCCCCUCGUUCAAGACCACCCGGCCGGACAUCUUCGCCGCCCGGCCGCGGGUGACGUCGCUUGCUGUGCGCGAUGCCGGCCACCCGGCGCUCGGUGGGGCCCUCUCCGAUGAGGACGUCCCCUCGGAUCGGGACACGCGGCAGCGCGAUCGCGGUGCGGCCGGCGUCUCGGCGUCGGCCUCGGCGUCGGCCGACCAGAGCGUGGACAUCUUCAAUGCCCUGUUCCCGUCGGACAGCAGCGACGGCGAUUCGGCCAUCCUGGCCGGCAUCGCAUCGACCCCGGCCGCCUUGAAGUACGACUCCUACUCGAUUGGGCAGCCGAUGGGCUCGGCCGCGGCCAAGGGCCAGGCCGCCGGCUCGGCGUCCGGCGCCGGCAAGGGCGCCGGCUCGGCCUCGCCCCAGGCUGGCCCCGGCGCGGCGGGUCGCCUUCCGCUGAACAUCCUGUCGGUGGCCGGCCGCUUUGAGGAGCCGCAGUUCCUGUCGGAGCUCCCCAGUCACGACAGCAUCCCGCCGCAGGCCCUGGAGCAGAUCCACCAGCUGGCCUGCUCGCAGGAGAUGACCCGGACCCACAUUUCCAACUACCGGAACCAGUCGAUCCUGCCCCGGAAGAUCAUGUUCCCUGGGCACCACACCGAGUGGUUCCCGGGCAGCCUGCCGGAGGCCCUGGACAAUGGCCGGGAUGUCCUGAUCACCCCGCCCAGCGAGGCCCUCGAGCCGGAGUACCGUCGUCUGUUGGAUUUCGACACGGUGCCGAACCACAACCCCAUGCUGACCUAUGCGCAGCAGAUGUACCAAGACGCCAGCCUGGCCCGGCUGGUGACCGACUCGCAUGAUGACGCCGGUCGCCACCGCCUGCUGCAGCCUCUGGGUCUGUCUCGGCGCCUGACGCGCCCGUGGGCCCGUCGCGCGGUCACCUUCGAGCGGGAUCUUGGCCAUCGUCUGGACCACAAGAACGUCUGGAGCACCAUCCCCAUCCUCCACGUGCGCGGCCGGAUCUUCAACCGCAAGAAGACCAUCCUUUCGCAAACCAGCCACCGUCGCAUGUCCAAGGUCAUCCGCCGCAGCCAGGCCAUGGGGAUCCUGCCCUACUUCUCCAACUUCUACCUGCAGCACAAGGAGACCUACAUCCAUAACCCGAACCUGUUCUUCGAGAUCGCCAGGGGCGACGGCGAGAUGGACGCCACGCUGGAGUCCUUCCCGCACCGCUUCGCCCGGGUGUUCGGCCAGCGCCCGGCCGAGAUGCUGUACGAGCGCGACAGCAUGAGCAAGUUCGAGAUCCCGCCCGAGGACCCGGACUGGGAGGCCAACAUGUAUGACACCGGUCAGAAUUACUCCGGCGCCGACAAGAACUCCAUCAUGGCCGGUGCCUUCUCCGAUGGGGACGUGGGCCCGAUGAGCGACUAAGUGCGCCGCGGCGUGUGCGGCGCGCGCGCCCCGGGCGACACAGAGGGCCGCCCCCGAUAGGCGCCAUGCUUUGCCCCUCCCCGCCCCUUGGCACUGCUCCCGGGAGAUGGCGCGCGGGGGGCGCAUCUCCCCGCUCUCUCUCUCUCUCUCUCU